GGAACAGAUCAUCCGCACGUUCCAAAAAUAUCACUGGAUCGAUCAAAGUGCCACAAUGUCCUGUCAUGUCGCUCAUCUCAGAAUAUCGUUGACCGGUGCCAGCUCAGCCAAGAGUACUCUUAGGGCUUGCUUCGCGUUCUACAACAUCCUGUUGCAUUUAUUCGUUCAAGUUCCUUCCGUACUUUUUGAGCCAUCCCUGACACUUUGCCCCGCACUCCGCAGACUUAUUGGAAACUAAUUCUUUUUAGUUUGUUGAAGCACGAUGUCAUCCUCACUAAGUGAGAGGUUCAAGAAAGCAGUUGGAAUAGGAUCUGGGUCCCUUUCUGUUGGAGAGGUUGUAGGUGCAACGGCCUCUAGUGAUGCGCCAGCCUCGAAUCCAAGCGUCAACUGGGACGAACUAAAGUCGUAUCGAUACGAUGCACUGAAUGACAUGUCCAAAGACAUUCGGCUGAUGACUAUCCUGCCGGACGAAGCCCAGUUUCCUAUCCGUGUGUCCCUUGAGCAUGUUACCCUAGAGCGGGUGGACAAGCGGCCUUGGAAUGAAGGCAUCUUCAGCCUAAAGCAAAUCCGUGACACGUUACCAAGCGGAUGGGAAAUCCGCGAAGCGUUUGCGGAGAAAUACAUUUUUACGAGUGCGCGCGCGAACAGUUGGACACAUCCGAGUACCGGCUUUCCAAAGUCUAGUUACAUCGCUGUGCGUCCACCAAGGGAACCUCAUUACGAGGCACUUUCGUACACCUGGGGAGAACCUGGUGAGUCGAAGCAGAUUAUUGUUGAGCGUGUCGAUACACGUAGUUCAAGUAAGCCUAUCGUAAGGCAGUACAAGAUUGAAAUUCGUAAGAACCUGUACGAAGCGUUGCUUGAGCUCCGAGAUGAAAAAGAGCCUCGGACCAUGUGGGUUGACGCUAUCUGUAUCAAUCAAGACGACAUAGAAGAGCGAAAUGAACAGGUUUUGCGUAUGGGCGACAUCUUUCAAUGGGCAUCUCGUGUUGUGAUAUGGCUCGGUCCUGAAUCUGGAGACAGCGAGCUAGCGAUGCGCAGCGUGGCUUAUAUUGGCAAACAGAUAGUAGCCUGCACGGACUACUGGCAGAUGAAUUCGCCAGACGCGACGGAAAGAGGUUGGGGAUUCAUCCAGACAAAGAUCCCAUACUCGGAUUCGACGUGGACUGCUAUUGAGGUCCUCCUCAGACGGCCAUGGUUCGAACGUUUGUGGGUUGCCCAAGAAGCCGUGCUCGCCGACGCAACCUCUAUCAUCAAAUGCGGAUCAUCUGAAAUGCUCAUCACAGAUUUCAGAGCUGCCGUCCAGAAAAUGGGUUUGACAGUACACACGCCUCGAGUGUUGAGAGCAAUCGCCAUGAACAUAUCACUAGUCUUCCGCAUCAAUAAAGCCCAGCCGCUAAACCUACUUCUGUUACGUACCUCCCGCAAAUAUUGUACAGAUAGAAGAGACAGAAUCUAUGCGGUUUUGGGCAUUGCCCAGAAGGGUCUUGUCGACUCAAUCAUCCCGGAUUACUCGAUCAACCACAUCCGUGUUUUCAGGCAGGCUACUUUGGCGGAGAUAAAUUAUUCCAAGAAACUCGACGUUCUAGAACACUGCCAUUGGGCCGACCACAGGGGCCAAACGCCCACAUGGGUUCCGCGCUUGUCUGGUCCGUUGGCUUGUGGCAGCAUCUUUCCUUUUCACUUUGCGUCCGGAUACUCUGCUGCCAUGGUGCACGUGGAGCAAUACAACAAGCACCACCAGCUGAUCGUCGAAGGCAUAGAGUGCGCAACGGUCGAUGUAACCGGUGAUCCGAACCACAUGAGCACCGACAAUAUGGUUGACAUCUCCAAGUACUGCAAAAAAUGGGUGGCACGGGUUCGUAGCCCCGAACUUCUGAACGACGUGAAGUUUUUCAAUUACCUCAUCAGAGUACUUUGUCUGGACGAGGAGGAUGGUCGCACGACGAAUGUCGGUUAUCCUCAGCUCGACGAGUGGAAGAGGUUCUUUGUGAGAGACAAGUUAUCCACAGAAACGGCGCAAGCGGAUAAUCUGGUAGGCGCCCACAAUUGGCAAUAUGACGGGUACUGCAAGUGGGCGGGACGCGCUAUAUUUCUUUCAGAAGACAACAUCAUCGGUGUAGCAUCCAUGGGAACGCAACCAGGAGACAUUGUUGCCGUUCUUCUAGGUCAUCCAUCUCCCGUAAUACUCCGUCCCGUCAACGAUGGCACCUAUAAACUUGUUGGAGAUGCUUUCGUUCCUGAGCUUUCUGACGCUAACGCUCUCCUUGGACCUCUUCCUUACCCUUGGAUUGUUCAAUGCUACGUGCGGGAAGGUAUUAACUUCUCAAUCCCGCACUUCGUGAAUAUCGAAACAGGAAAGAGCUCCGUACUCGAUCCACGACUACCUCCGCUGGAGGAUUGGGAGAUAGUUGAGGAUGAAUCGGAUCUAAGUGUUUGGACGACAGGCGGGUAUAGCUUUCGGAAUAAAAAGACAGGCGAAAAGACUCAUCAUGAUCCACGGAUGCGAUUCGACGCCUUAAAGAACAGAGGUGUUAAUGUUCGGCAGUUUCGACUAAUUUAGAGUAUCCACCGGUUCCAAGUGGUGAUCUUGGUCCCCAAAGAUCGUUGUUCAUAGGUGCAUGAAGGUGUUGGAGAUACCUGUAUGAUAUCUUUGCUCUCUCGAUUUGCAGGAGGCUGCAAAAGAACAUUUUAUGAAACGCAGGUAUGAGGGCGACGACAGCUGCGACGGCGAUGCUGUUGAGAACGAUGACGGAUGACGAAUAUGUUAUCGACGAUGAUAAUGUCAUAAUACAAGAACUAUCUCAUUUUCC